GCUGCUCAAUCCUACGGCCGAAAUUCCCCGGUGAGAUCGCUCCUUGCUUCUCGCUUCGGUUCUAAUUUCGUUCUUAACUUCUAGUUUUGUCAGCUUGACAUAUCAUCAGUAUUUGACUGUUUUGGUUGUGCUAAACUUUGAAUUAUUUGUCGAGCCAUAUAUCAAACUCUUCCUCUUUCAAAGACGAAUCCAACCAUAGGUCGCUUUGCUUGAAAUUUCAAUUUUUACACCUCGAAACAAUGCUCGUAAUCUGACUGAAGAACAUCCGACGAUUACAUCUCAUUGCAAUCAAACUUAAGAAUCUGUUUCGUGUCUUGCAGGAGAUCAAUUAAGAUCACGACUUGGAAAGGCUCUUCGGCGUCCUGAAUCACAGCCUUCCCCCACGGUUGUAUUGUUCCUUUCAUUCACUUUGAUCAUUUCGAAAUCUGUUUGCAUUUGUGUCAUUACCGAUCGUAUUGUUGAGUGGUUGUUGUUCGUUUCCGAAUUGUUCUUUUGGCAAGAGGUACCAAGCACGAAUCUGGGUAAAUUGUUAGUUUGAGAGACCUUUUGUGUUCCCUAAUUGAGCUUAGAAACAGAUUGAAAACAUCUAAGUACUUCUGAAACUAUUUAGGAACCAAAACGUUACUUGUUGCGUGAAGUGCAUGUUUUAGCUUGUACAUGACAUUGUUGCACGUUGAACGUUUCUGCUAUAUUUGUUCGGACUUAGUGCUGCACGUUUUGUUACUUGCAUAUACCGUGGCUUGCUUUCUCAGUAUCGAUGGCAAACGUAUCCAGUGACAGUUCGAUUUAUAGGAUGAUCCAAGAGAUUCAAGAUCGUAUCACACGACUUGAGGAGGUGAGCGAACCCGUGGAAUCUGCUAGGGAGCUAAACAAACAAAGUGAGGGGAAGAGAACCAUGCCUAAAAAUCUAAAGAGGCCUCACCAUGAACCCCUCGAUGAUGGCCGAUUCAAGGAUCCAUAUGACCGAGAAUAUCGUCGACCAACUCGUGAUGAGAGGGCUGAUCCAAAGUUCAAACCUUUCGUGUUUACUGGAAAGGAGGAGCCCGAGGUUUAUCUUGAGUGGGAGCGCCAAAUGGAUGCCAAUUUCGAAUGUUAUUCCUUGACGAACCGAAGGAAGAUUCACUAUGCGGCUGCCCAUCUUGCCGAAGAUGCCAUCAUGUGGUGGGAACGAGAAGAACGAAAUCGACGACGUGCACAUUAUGAACCGGUUUCCACUUGGAAGGAGAUGAAAAUCCUCAUGCGAAAAAGGGAGACAAGACGGUUGAGGACUAUUUUGGAGAAUUUGAACAACUCAUUGCUUAUUUGAGAAUCGACGACAAUG